AUGUUGAAUUUUCUUUUCAGAAGACGUAAAUCACACUUUUGGGCCACUUGACGGAAGUAUUUACGCAACCAUAGCAAAGAAACCGGAGCUGUCACCCGGUGCCGUUUCUAGUCCCUUGACUGUGUCCAUGGACUCUGGUAUUUCUUCUGCAGGUGCGCUUGUGGGGGCAGGUCACCAGCAGAACGCCAACACGAACGCCUCAACGAGUCCCCCUCCGACUGCUCAACCGUCCCCCCUAACCCCCGAAGAUCAGCAUCGCGAAUUGGACGAAUUGCUAUCGGAUAUGAUGCUCACCGUUCAGAACAUUCCCGACAUCAAACCGCGACAACAGCAAAACUCGGAUUGCGAUUCCUCGUCGGCGACGACAUUCAACCUCGACAAUGUCCGAUACAUAGACGAAGAAGAAGACAAGAAUAUUCCAUACCACGCUCGACAAGAUAGUAAACCAUUUACGUACGGCGUCAAUUCAAACAUGAUCGGGGAUUCGAAGAAAUUAUCCAGUCCUAGCCUGGUGCGAAAAGCGAGCUUUAAUAAAAGCUCAGGAGAUACAUUGAAAAAAGUUCAGACGCAAGUAUAUCCGAACGCUACCUACAAGAGCAGCAACUAUUCGAGCCCUUCCAGCAACUACAAUUCUUCCACGUAUAAUUCUUCCAUUUACAAUACUUCAGACUAUUCCGAUAUCGGUUCUAAAUACAACUAUUCUACAUUACCACCCAAGAGAGAUCCUAUUGACAGUAUCUUUACACCCAGUGCUUUAAGUGCGAGUGAUCCUUAUAAGAAAGAGUUUCGGGAAGAAUUUUACAAGGACGAAGUUAAAAGAUACGAUCCGCUGAAGAGGAGUCACACCGAUGGGACUAUCAAGAGAAGCCUGGAUAACUAUUCGGAUUACAGAAGUAUUGGAUCGCCUGUGUCGAGUCCAUUGUCGGACGGGAAUUUGUCGCCUCCUAGUGCCUUCAGGAGCUCACCAAAGCAGGAAGGGUGAGUCUAUUAAUCAAAAGCU